AUGGUAUCAAAUGGUAAAGUGGUAACGACGAUGCUGAAGGCACGAUACGGAAGCGAUGUGCGUAAAAUGACCAUCCAUCAUAGCGACGAUAUGUCAUACAAUGAUCUUGUUUUAAUGAUGCAACGAAUAUUCAAGCUUCAAAGUUCAGUAAACAUAUCGUUAAAAUACAAGGAUGAAGAUGGUGAUUAUAUAACUUUGGCAGAUGAUACCGACUUGUUAUUGGCACUUCAAACGGAAACAAAACUUUCGAUAAUCGUUUUAAGUGAUGAAACUGAUUUUACGCAGGCAAUGAAACUAGAGCAUCAAUUAGAAAUGGUACGUGAUACAGCCGCAUCUGUUUUGGAAAUGUUGAAGGCAAUUAAAAUUGGUGCCAAAAUGAAUAAAUAUGAAAUCAUCAGAGAAUGUAACGAUAAGUUAAUGAAAAAUAACGAAUCGGUUGCAACAAUACAGCCAUCUGUCCAUGAACAGGUAAAUAACUUAACGUCGACUUACGGUGCAUCUCUUUCGGGUAAAAUUGAUUCACCCAGCAAAGAUGCUUCUCACAGAAAGCUAUUGGAUGGCAUAUCACUACCGCCAAAUGCUCCACUUGAUGUGCAGAAUUCGCAGUCAGUUGGACACUCAACAUCGUCAAGAGAAGGUUCACAUAGUGAACCGAAUACAGAAAUUGAUAUAUCAUCCAGUGCUCAUCUCAUAACUUCAUCAUUUCCUCCUGCACAAAAUGAAGCGGGUGAUCGUAUUCCCCCAGCACCAGUUCCGAAUUCGUUAUUACCUCAAGCUGUAUCGUCUCAUUUAGUACCAUCAGCACCAAUAGGUGGACUACCGCCGUUGCCACAUCAAACACAAUUGCCAGCAAUGAAUACAUUCGGUCAACAGCAACAGCCAAAUACACCAAUUUCUGCUCCACAAUCGGAAUAUCGCUUUGGCAUGCCACCCGUAGGUCAAAAUAUGCCAUCUUUUGGUGUCCCAGCUUCGCAGCCACAACAGCAGCAACAGCAACAGUAUCAGCAACAACCAUAUGGUAAUAUGACUAGUGCUAAUGCAUUACCGCAGCCACCUCAACAGGUACCACUACAUGUUCCACCAACCACUAUGCCCAGUACACUACCGCCACCAGCAUCAUCGAUGCCGGGUCCUGGCCUGCCACCGACUUCCGGAUUCGAUCCGCCACCAACUUCUUUCGGUACACAAAUCUCAAUAGCUAGUACUAUGAUGCAGUCGCAAACUCCACCGCAGCAAAUGCCCUAUUCAGCAAGCCCAACACCGCAUCAGAAUUUCAGUCCAGCGAUAGCAAGACCAGGUAUGCCACCGCAAUCGAUAGUUCCUCCACCAUCAUCAAUUGCACCUCUUGGCAGUUUUGAUCGCAAUUCACCAGCGACAUCUGUUGCACAUCCCCCUACAGGUCUGCCACCAACGAUGACAUUUGGUGCUGCUGUUCCAGGUGCUCCAAAUCCAUUUGCACGUGGUACACAGCCUUUGCAUCACAUGCGUUUCCCGUUGCAGCCAUCCGGAUAUUGA